UUAUCAGAAUGUCUGUGUAUACAGCUUCUAUUCGAAAUCCCACUAAUGCCCUGGGAAUUCCUUCUUCACGAAACAAUUCUUCAGCAAAUAUCGUCACCAAGAGCGGCCGGCUUGGGCAGCAGUUGAAGACGCAAAUCUCAGUGUGUAAAAAUGACGAUCUAUUAUCCCAGUCUAUGAAUAAAAUACGAGAUGUGAAUCGGACCUAUGUUGUUUCAGCCUGCAAAAGAAUCGGUGACAAUCCUGUCACCCCUAAGACUGAUGGCAGAUUAACCCUCCAGAGAAGGACUGUGAAGAGUACAGAAUCACCAUUUCCUGGCGACCAGUUGGCGAAGGAACCCGAGAAAACAAGAGAGAGACCUCUUACAUUACAGCAUCGUGAAAGGACAGAUUCCCUGGAAAAAUGCAAAAUAAAUAAGAGUGUGGGAAGCGGAGGAAAAAAUACGAUCUCUGUUGCCCAGCAGAAUUACAAGGAAAAGGUAGCAAAUGCCGCUAAAGAUUCAUACCCCAGAUUGACCGGUCCUUCAGUUGAAACCCAAAGCUUAAAAGUGAAGCCUAAUCCGAAAAGCACAGAGUCCUCUUCUGCUCCCAGAGAGGAAAAUGGGACUGUUUCCUUAAAAUCCUUAACAAACAAGGUAUCUACUUAUUUACCAAACCCAAAUGAGGUUGUUCGGUUAGACCAUUUAAAUGCAACAAAAUCUAUUGAAAAUACAGUAGAAAUACAAAUACCGCCCCGGGGAACGAUGAAUGACAGAAUCCCUGGGGAGGAAACUGCGUGCACUCCAGAUAAUAAAUACGGCAGCUUGGAAAGAUCAAGAACACCUCGCCAGCGUGUAACAGGACUCAAGAUUUCCUCGAAGAGGAGUGCUUCUCGGGUUAAUAGCCCAGCUACAUCAUGUCUCAAAAGCAGGGCUUCUUGCCUUCAAGUUAUGACAAAUAAGAAAGGUAACUCCAAGUCUCUUUCGGCAAAUAAAAGCGGAAUAUCACAACACAGUACACUGCUGGAUCAAGAAGAAAUCGCCAGUCGGAUCUCCAGUACUGAAGCAGGUCUUGUAAAAGUAGAGAAUAGUACAGUGACGGUGGCUGUUCGCGUAAGACCUUUCAGCAACAGAGAGAAAACCGAUAAAGCAUCUCAGGUAGUUUUCAUGACUGGCCAGGAGACAACUGUGCAACAUCCCGACAGGAAACAAGUAUAUAAUUUUAUAUACGACUUCUCAUUCUGGUCUUUUGAUGACUGUCAUCCUAACUAUGCAAGCCAGAUGACAGUUUAUGAACAGUUGGCAGCUCCACUCUUAGAAAGAGCUUUUGAAGGAUACAACACCUGUCUCUUUGCUUAUGGACAGACUGGCUCUGGAAAAUCAUAUACGAUGAUGGGAUUUGGUGAAGAACGAGGAAUAAUUCCAAGAUUUUGUGAAGCUCUCUUUGCUCGGGUAGCACAGCAAAAAACGCAAGAGAUAUCUUAUCACCUGGAAAUGAGCUUCUUUGAAGUCUACAAUGAGAAGAUUCACGACCUGCUCGUUGUUAAAGCUGAAAACGGACAGAAGAAACAACCGCUCAGAGUAAGGGAACAUCCAGUGUCCGGGCCCUAUGUAGAAGACCUAUCUGUAAAUGUGGUCAGUUCUUCCUCUGAUGUCCAGAGCUGGCUCGAACUAGGAAAUAAACAAAGAGCAACUGCCGCCACCGGUAUGAACGACAAGAGCUCCAGAUCCCAUUCUGUUGUUACCCUUGUGAUGACCCAGACAAAGACGGAGUAUGUGGAAGAAGAAGAACACGAUCACAGGAUCACAAGCCGUAUAAAUCUAAUAGAUCUGGCAGGGAGUGAACGCUGCACUACAGCUCAGACCAGUGAGGAACGGCUGAAGGAAGGUGCUAGUAUUAAUAAGUCGUUAUUGACUCUGGGAAAAGUGAUUUCUGCACUCUCUGAACAAGUGUACAACCAAAAGAGGGUUUUUAUUCCAUAUCGUGACUCUGUUCUUACUUGGUUGUUAAAAGAAAGUCUGGGUGGAAAUUCGAAAACUACAAUGAUUGCUACAAUCAGCCCUGCUGCGAGUAACUUAGAGGAAACAUUAAGCACGCUUCGGUAUGCUAAGCAAGCGCGUUUGAUCGUUAACAUUGCCAAAGUAAAUGAAGAUAUGAACGCUAAGCUAAUCAGAGAACUGAAAGCCGAAAUUGAGAAGCUGAAAGCCGCUCAAAGGAGUACUCAAAACAUUGACCCUGAAAGAUAUAGUCGCUGUCGACAAGAAAUAACUUCCUUAAGGAUGAAAUUACAUCAGCAGGAGAGAGAUAUAGCAGAAAUGCAAAGGGCCUGGAAGCAAAAGUUUGAGCAAGCAGAAUUAAGAAAAAUUCAAGAAACGAAGGAACUGCAGAAAGCAGGAAUUACAUUCAAAAUGGACAACCGACUGCCCAACCUUGUCAACCUCAAUGAAGAUCCUCAGCUGUCUGAGAUGCUGCUGUAUAUGAUAAAAGAAGGACAAACUACAGUUGGAAAGUAUAAACCAAACUCAAAUCAUGAUAUUCAACUCACUGGGGUGCUGAUUGCUGAUGAUCAUUGUGUUAUCAAGAAUUUUGAUGGCAUGGUGACUAUUACUCCCCUAGGAGAAGCAAAGACCUAUGUAAAUGGAAAACAUAUUUCAGAGCUAACAGUUCUUCAUCACAGUGACAGGGUGAUUCUAGGUGGAGAUCAUUAUUUCAGAUUGAACCAUCCUGUAGAAGUUCAGAAAGGAAAAAGAUCAGCAUAUGGGACAGUUCUGACAAGUGAUGGCGCAAAGGACUUUGAAUUUGCAAAAAAUGAACUUCUAAUGGCACAAAGAUCACGACUUGAAGCUGAAAUUGAAGAGGCCCGUUUAAAAGCUAAGGAAGAAAUGAUGCAAGGAAUUCAAAUUGCAAAGGAAUUAGCUCAGCAAGAACUUUCUUCUCAAAGAACCGCCUAUGAGAGCAGGAUAAAAGCCCUGGAAGCAGAGCUGAAAGAGGAAUCACAGCGGAAGAAAAUGCAAGAAAUGAAUAACCGAACGGCUACUCACAAAAUUCAGGAAUUGGAAAAAGUCAAGCAACAUCUUGAACAGGAAGUCCACGUUAAUAAGAAGCGGUUAGAAAUGGAAGCUCUGGCUACUAAACAAGCUCUAGAAGAUCACACAAUUCGCCAUGCUAAGAUUCUCGAAGCCUUGGAAGAUGAGAAACAGAAAAUUGCCAAAGAAGUACAAACUCUCCAGCAAAGCAGGAACAACCGAGACAAAGCCUUGAUUCCGCCUAAUUGGAAUUCCAUGAAACUCUCAAUGAUGAUCCAGGAAGCCAACACCAUUAGUAAGAAAUUACAAAAGUGUACUGUGUUUUGCAGGCACGAUGUACCAGACAAAGGAAACAGUACUGAGCCUUCUGUUCAGAUCCAAGUUCGUAAUCUCCAGCUGGGAAUCUCCACCUUUUGGAGCUUGGAAAAGUUUGAGUCCAAGCUUCUGUCAAUGAAAGAACUCUAUGAGAGCAACAAUAGCUCCAGGGAUGAUGAUGUAUUUUACGAUCCUGGUGAUGAAUGGGAACCUGACUUAGCAAAUACAUCGAUUUCUUCAUUGUCUAGAAGGAGGAGUAGAAGUUUGAUGAAGAAUAAGAGAAUUUCUGAAUGUUUACUUGACCUAAAAGUUCAUCCAAUCCAGAAUCUUCAGCCUUUACACUCACCAGGUUCACCAAAUAAUUCACCUAGUAUUUACUCAUACUCAGCAGAAUCAUUCCUACCUGGAAUUUGCAAAGACUUCAUUGGUUCAGCAUUAAAUUGCCUCGGACAAAGUUAUGAGGAGGAAAAGACUUUGGCAGACAGCAUUAUAAGUAAUUUUCUUAAAAUUCAAAUUGGAGUCACUAUGAUUUCAAAUGCACAUGAAAAACAAGAUGAAGAAAGUCAAGAAAACUUUUUCUCUCUGGAUCGUGCCACUCAGUCCUUUAGCAUCCAGAUGACUUCAUCUUUUGAACAGCUUGUGAUUCUGAGCAAGCACUGGCUUGACAGUCUUCCACAAUGCAGUGGUACUUCAAGACCCGAUGAAGACUUGAGACAGGAAAUUAAAAACCUGGGAGGAUUCUUGCAGUUAUUCUUGCAGGGGUGUUGUUCAGAUAUUUCCUCAAUGGUAAAAGAAGCACAAUAUAAAGUUGUUCAAACAGUACAACAAGCAGUGAAAUGUGUGGGACAGUUGGCUAUCCUGAAAGGAACUAAGCUGCAUUUUUCAGAGUAUGAUGAGGAGAGUGAAGCCGGUGUCCAGAUGGGUUUCAAAAUUGCCAUUUUUGAUGGAGUAAGAGCAGAAAUGAAGUCUCUUUUAGAGUCUGGGCUAGAAAAAACAAGGGACCUUCAGAAGGAACUUUUAAGACAGAAUCCACAAGAUGAGGUUCAAAAGGAGAUGAAAGCUAAAGCUGCGAGUCUGAUUAAAUCACUUGAAAAUAUCAUGACUGAAUGGAACAAGAAAGUCAUCAGAGCUGAGGCAGCAGAAGAGGCUUUGGGACUCCAAGACCUGGAGAAGAUAAUCAGUUUUGCUGUGGAUUUUGUGAAGUUUAAUCACUGCACAGACCAAGCAGGGCAAAUCAUCACUUCUACCCUGCAAGGUUCCUACAGUGAUUUAAGUCUUCUCAAGAAUUGUGUGGAAGAUAUUUGCAAUUCCGCUGGCCAUUUUCAUAACUAUUUCAGUUGGUUUUCAGCAUAUUCCUCUUCAUUAAAUAGCUCCAGUAGUAAACUGUGUGAACCCUUGGGUGACUUGAAGGAACUGGAGUCUAUAGCCAAGUCAUUAUUAACCUUAAGUUUUGAACCCAACGAAAGGCCUGAUGUGCUGAAACCCUGGGAAACUUGUGUGCAAAAUAUGGAAGGUAAAGAAAGGCAUCAUAAAUCAAAUGGGACUGAAUCAACCAGGAAAAAAGGUGUACCAAAACGGGUAUAUGAGCUUCAUCCUCCAUCUCAGAGCUCAGCUGAACGCUCCUCCAGAAGAAUACAAUGGGUCUAAGUACUUCUAAAUAUUUAUUUUACUAUGACUGAAAGAAAGAACAAAUUUGAUAGCCUGUUUUCUCCAGUGUAAAUAAAAUAUAUUUUGUAAAACCAUGUUAAAAUGCCUCACUGAAGUUCCAAAUAGGUCUGUUAUCUUACUUGGAUUUUUACAAAACCUUACGUGGAAUCCUGAAAUUUGAAAUGGGCUUAUUCAAGAUACGCCAAAAGCAACUCAUCUAUUUUGACACAAAAGUUUGUAUGUUUGUGUUUCUACCUGUAAGCUGGGAUUGGAGUCCUUUCAGUAUCGGAUUUGUUGGUCAAGUGAAAAAAGGAAUUCCAUGUUGUGGAGAUAGUGUCUCCAGGCCCUGCUCUUGUUUUGCAGUGCUGGAAAUAACCACUUACAUGGAUUCAUCACCUCUGGUUGGUUCAUCAACCCAUGUUCUUUAGGUAGUUUAAUUGUCUGCUUUCCCUUUAAGCAAUCCAGUUUAAACAAAACAAAACAAAGCGAAGAAAAAGAACCACAUAGAAAUAGAAAUGAACUAGUAAACAUGCCCUUUUGUUAUGGAUUUCGAUGGGUUAUUGGGUUUUAUAAUGGAAAUGCUAAUGAAACAAUGGGUGGUUUGAAUUGCACUAUUGCUCCAUGUUCAGUGUUUUCAUCAUUUCUGUUAGCACAUUUAAGUGGAUGUAUUUUCUCUAGCUAUACACAAGUAACAAACUACUCUAUGUACUCAGCUUUUUCUCCAGGUGCCUGUGUUUUAAAACAUUACGGAUAUCAGACAUUUGAAUAAAUAUAACUCUUGGGUGUCUACAAAGUCUACAAAUGUCUGAAUUUUAACUUGAGGAGGGGAUAUGUAUUGUUUAUGCCUGUGUGAAUCAGAUCCCUCUCAAUAGCUUAUCCUCUUGUUUUCUGUCAGACUUUCUAUUUAUCAUUUAAUUUUUUAAUUAUCAAUAACCAUAGUGCUAAGAAUUUGCAAACA